UUGUUCUCUCUCCCUCUCUUGAAGUGAGGAGCAUUUGUGGUGCCUCUCCACUGCAAACAAUAAACAUGGCUUACAAAGAUUUCUGUCUUGCUUGGUAUCUACUUACCUGUUCUCAAGACGGCGGUUAGUAGUAAAACUAUCGUCAUAGGAGUAAUAACAAAUAUUCGAAACGAAUCGUUCAUACGUUUAUAAAGAUUGAUUGUGAAAACAACAUACAAACAAGAGAAAUCAAAACUGGUUUCUAUGAAAAAAAAAAAACGCACACAACUGUUUAAUAAACUUGGAAUUUCAGUUUAGUCCGUUAAAUAUGAAACUAGCAUAAGCAUAUUAUUAAAAACCUCUUCGACAACAUUGUUUUAAUCGAGAAAUAAAAAUAAAAUUGGAAAAAACAAAAGAAAUCUUGAAAUUUAUAAAGCAAAGAAAACAAAGCAAAAAAAAAAAGAAAAAUGCCCUGCUCUGCUGUUACGCUUUCUAUAGCCACAAUAUCCGCCAUUAUAGCAACUGCUUUGCUUUGCAUUGCAUUUUCUACAGAUAACUGGUUACACUAUGAGGUGAAAAGAAGCAACAUACAGGCAUUUGCUGCAAAACAUUCAGAUUCCGAAAGUCUGUUAAAUAAUUUAAAUAACAAAUACUAUUAUUAUACGAGAACCAGAGGCCUGUUUAGAAUAUGCUAUCCCAAAGAGAAACCUCCAACCAGUGCAGUUCCAACAUAUUUAUCUCCGAUUGAAACACAUUGCUCGAACAUUGAUUAUUUCCCGCAAAUGGAAGAAGAUAAGAUGUCCCGUGAAGAUGUGACUUCGAGGCUACAUUUAGCACGAUCCUGCAUUGCAAUGUUCAUACUAAGUUUUAUUACAACGUUUUGUGCUUUUUGGACUGGCUUAUCCGGAUGCUGGAAAAGAUCAUCGGGUGCUAUUACAGCUACUUCAAUACUAUUAUUAGCCACAUGCCUGCUAGCUGCCGGUGCUAUGGGACUUUGGCAUACUGUGGAAUUCUUUGAGAAAGAAAAAGUCGUUGGAGAGGAUUAUUUUCAACAAUGGAAUACAGUACUGAGAGACAACACCAAAAUUACCUAUGACUGGUCUUAUAUAGUUGCCUGGGCUGGAGUGGGUUCAUGCCUUUUGGCAGCCAUAUUGUUGUCAGGAGCUGCUGUUUGUUUAAGAAGCGAACGAGAAAAAGAAGAACAAUUAAAUUUGCAAUACCUUAUGCCAGUUUAUUCACAAAAACAAGCCCCUUACCCACCAUACGCUAACUAUCCUCAGCCUCAAAUGUUUGCUGGCCCGUAUUACCAUGGAUCACAGUAUGGACCUUACAACUACUAAAAGGGAAUAUGCCUCAAAUAGCACAAGUGAGAAUGUCUCUAUUCUAUAUAGCAUACAUAGAUGUCUACCGGUCCAUCCAAUUAUAAAACGACGAGUUGGGGCACAAAUGAAGUUUGUGUCCUUUUUAAUUAGGGAGAAAAAAAGAUCUGUCAAGUUCAGGUAUUAAGACGGACAAAAAAUUCUAGUGAACUACCAGAAAAUUAUUUAUUAUUUUUUAUACUUAUUGACAUACAUACAUAUAUACCUGUAUGUAUUUUAUUGUUUUUUAUUAGUUUUUUUUUUAAUAUAAAAUGGAACAAUAUGUUUGUAUGGUAUCUGUAACAUGAAGGAUAUACAAUAAUUGUUUUAGGAUAUAUGGAUAGCAUUGUAAUCACACUAAAAAUCUCUCAAUCCCGUGGCAGUCGGUUGUAUGUACCGGAUUGACCCGUUGAAUUCCUUCAUCGGCAAGGGCUGCCGCCUCAGCGUACCACACACUGCUUCUACUACUACUACUAAAAAUCUCUGAGUAAGAGUUUGAAAUGGAGUGUACUAUUAAUUUUAUUAAAUAUAGUGCUUCAUCUGACUUGAGAGAUAUAUACUCUAAGCUUGAUGGGAACAAAAUGAAUGGUUAAUUGAAUUUGGAAUAUCGAAUUUGUCUAUAGACCAAAGCAUGGGUUUUGGCAUACUACGAACAUUUAAGAAAAGUUUAAUCACUGAUUGAUUAGUCAUUGUUUAGCUAUUUAUGAUGAUGAUAACAUUGCUGGUUCAAAUAAUGACUUUGAUUUCAGGGGCCUUAUAACGUAAUUUUGUCUUCAUUUGCCACAAUGAAGUAAACAAUCCGGUUUUUGGUAAUACAAUUUUGACUGUGUGUUCAUUUGUUCACGUCAAAAAGAAUGAAAAGAGAUGGAGGCAUCAUUCUUUCAGCAUGAUUCAUGUCUGUUUGGCAUUUGUUAUAAUAUAAACUUACUAACGACAGAGAGCGUCUCUUGAAGGCCGUUAUAAACAAAAAGACUGUAUAAAGCCUGUUUUAUUUGAUAGGCUAGAUCAUCUUAUAUUUGCAUAGACAAGUUUAUACAAGAUGGUAGGUGGUAAAUCAUCUUAGAUAUAAUGUUGGCCAAAUUCAAUUCUCCCAACCUGUGAUAUCAAUGUUACUACACAUAUAGCCGAUGUCUUUAUUUAAACAAUUAUUGUAGAUCCAUCUAAGUGACGAAGCAAUUCAAAGUAAUUGUUAUAAAUUGGAGUUUUGCUUUAUAAACGAAUUAGAUUCCAAACCCGAAAUUUGUAAUUACUAGCUACAUGACGAAAAAUUACAUAAACAACAAAAAAACCAAAAUUUUUAGAAUAAAAUACAUACAUGGUUUUAUUGUGGAAUAUAUCAACGAACGAAUCUUUUAAGUUUAACACCUAUGUAAGACAGUUUUUUUUUUUGUUUUGUAAAAAUAUGCUACGUUUUCUUAAGUUUAUACAUUGAUAAGUUGAAAUUUUUUGUAGGAUACUAAACUAUAUUUUGUCUUCCAUGAAUUGAAAUCAAUAAAGAAUGCAUGCCUUAAUAAUCAUA